AACUUGUUGCACUAAAUCGUGAUGUGUGCCUUGGAUAUUUUAUAUGAACCUUGAAAUAACGUUAAGUUACAUCAUGACCAGCUGCGCCGGCGCGGCAGGUGCAAUUGGCGGUCGUGUCGCCAUGUUAAAUGUGGCGUCCCGAGUGCGCAGGCCCAGUAACGCUUCUGUUUCAAAUUACAACGGUGAAACUCAAGCAAACGGCGGAGUAAUCAACGUAGGCUAUGAGCCAGAGGUAGAUAUAGCAACAAAAGCAGUUACAGAAUGGAAAGAAAUACAAGAAAAGAAGAAACUAUCAAAGGUGGAAUUACAGCGCAAAGAGCGCAGAGAACUUGAGAUGUCAUCUUUGACAACUGCUUACGUCACUCCAUAUUCGACAAACAACAUGGAUGUAGCGUUCAAGCCAAACGAUGGAGAAGGUGGUAGGGCAACGGAUACCCACGGAAAGAGGACCGUUUUUCGAUUUAUCUGGGACUUCCUGUGCAGUAACCGAGCCUUGUUCAUAUUGAGCGAGGAGAAUCUUAUACGUCGGUGCGCCAACUGGGUAAUAAACUGGUCGCCGUUUGAAUAUUUGAUCUUGUGUACAAUUAUCGCCAACUGCGUUGUAUUAGCAUUGGAGACACAUCUUCCAGAAAAUGACAAAACACCACUUGCGAUACAACUGGAAGCCACAGAACUCUAUUUCCUAGUUAUUUUCUGCUUUGAAUUCGUCAUCAAAGUUACGGGGCAGGGAUUCGUUUUACAUCAAGGUUCUUACCUAAGAAAUGGUUGGAACAUCAUGGAUUUCGUAGUAGUAGUUUCUGGAAUUGCCACUUUUGUGUCAAGCCUUACAACUCCCGAAGAAGAUGCAGCAUUUGAUUUGCGGACAUUGCGAGCAGUGAGAGUUCUAAGACCUCUCAAACUUGUAUCAGGGAUACCAAGUUUACAAGUAGUACUGAAGUCUAUCAUAUGUGCCAUGGCACCUUUGCUGCAAAUCGGUCUUCUUAUUUUCUUUGUAAUUGUGAUUUUUGCUAUCACUGGAAUGGAAUUUUUCAGGGGCGUUUUUCACAAAACUUGUUUCAGGACAACAUACACUAAUGGCACAGUAACCAAUACUUGGGUAUUUGCUGAAGACCCGCCCAUGGUGUGUGGGGAUUCCGGCAGGCAGUGUGGGGCAAUUGAGGGAUCAAAUUGCACGGAAUACUGGAGUGGGCCUAAAUAUGGAAUCGUCAAUUUUGACAACAUGUUAUUUGCAAUGUUGACGGUUUUCCAAUGUAUUACCAUGGAAGGCUGGACAGAUGUAAUGUAUGAUUGUGCAAAUGCUUUAGGAAGUACCUUCGUUUGGGUAUAUUUCAUCCCACUUAUUAUUUUAGGAUCAUUCUUUAUGCUCAAUUUAGUCCUUGGUGUAUUGAGUGGAGAAUUCGCAAAAGAAAGAGAACGUGUAGAAAAUAGACGCCUUUUUCUAAAAAUGCGUAGGCAGCAGCAAACAGAAAAAGAAUUAGAUGGAUACAUAGAAUGGAUUCGCAAAGCUGAGGAAGUGUUGCUUAACGACACAUCAAUAACAGACGAAGAACGUGCAGCAAUAGAAGCUCGUCGCCGGGCGGCAGCAAUGCAACAAAAAGAACUUCAAACAAAUGGGGAAGCAGGAAAUGGAGUUGCGGUUGUGGGAGAUAUAGAGAAUCUUGAGGUUAAGAAAAACGAGCCACUAACAAAUUCCAAAAAUCACUCCAAAAAACCAGACAGGCAGAAAAAAAAGCAAUGUUCCGGUUUUCGCAAGAAGGAGUACCAACUUCGGAUCAAGAUUCGUAAGAUGGUCAAAUCUCAGGGUUUCUACUGGCUCGUCAUUGUGCUUGUUUUUCUGAAUACAGUAUGUGUUGCUAUUGAACAUUAUCCGCAACCACAGUGGCUUGAACAAUUCCUCUUCUAUGCGGAGAUAACAUUCCUAUGUGUCUUUAUCUUGGAGAUGACUAUAAAAAUGUACGGUUUAGGACCUCAGAUUUACUUCAAAUCUGCAUUUAACAAAUUUGAUUGCAUGGUCAUCUUAGCGAGCUUGUUUGAGGUCAUAUGGUCAGUAUUUAAAGAGGGAUCAUUUGGUCUCAGUGUUCUUCGAGCUCUUCGUUUACUUAGAAUUUUUAAAGUAACAAGAUAUUGGUCCUCUCUACGGAACUUAGUAAUCUCCUUGCUCAGUAGUUUGCGCUCAAUUGCGAGCUUGCUGUUCCUGCUUUUCCUGUUCAUUCUCAUUUUCGCCAUGCUUGGAAUGCAGUUGUUUGGCGGAAGUUUCAAUAACAUUGAUCCAAAUGACGAAAAACCAGCCAGCAACUUUGACACAUUCCCUAUUGCCCUAAUGACAGUUUUCCAGAUUUUGACCGGUGAAGAUUGGAAUGCAGUUAUGUACUAUGGUAUUGUGUCGCAAGGUGGCGUACCUUCGGGAAUGUGGGCUAGCAUUUACUUUAUUAUUUUGGUGCUCUUCGGUAACUAUACUCUGUUGAAUGUCUUCCUUGCCAUUGCCGUGGACAACUUAGCCAAUGCUCAAGAACUCUCCAGAUUGGAAGAGAUGGAGAAUGCAGAAAAACAGGAUAAGAUCAACCGAGAGGUGGAGGCGUUAGUAGUUCAACAGACACCAAGUAUGAGUCGAAAGGGAUCACCAAAUCCUGACACAGGACAACUUGCAAUUGAGGAGGGAAAGUCCAAUGAUGUCAACAAAAAAGUAGAAGCAGAGCCGAACACAUGGAAAACCCGUUUAAAGAAACUGUACGAUCAUCUUAAUGUUCACGGAAUCCCUUUUCCUUGUGACUGUCCCUCCUGUGAAUGUCCUUGUGUUUGUUCCUGUCACUGUGAAUGCCAAAUGAGGAGGAAGAACGGGCAACAAGAUAAUGAAGCUCCAAAAGUGGAAGAGGAAGAGGAAGAUGAAAAUGGUCCAAAACCAAUGGUUCAGUACAGUUCUCUAUUUAUAUUCAGUCCAACUAAUCCAUUCCGUGUGCUGGUUCACAAGUGUGUAAUAAACCGUGCAUUUGACAUCACCAUUAUGAUAGUUAUUGGACUUAGUAGUAUUGCAUUAGCUGCAGAAGAUCCAGUGAAUACAGAUAGUUCACGUAACACGGUCUUGAAUUAUUUUGAUUACAUCUUUACCGGAAUCUUCACUCUUGAAUUAAUCAUGAAAGUAGUGGAUAUGGGCUUGAUACUGCAUCCUGGUGCGUAUAUUAGAGAUAUAUGGAACAUCCUUGAUGCAACUGUUGUCAUUUGUGCCCUUGUGGCAUUUGGUGUCAAUGCAAGUUCAGAUGGUUCGGGAAGUGGAGAUCUAAGCACUAUCAAAUGUCUCCGUGUUUUGAGGGUAUUACGUCCUCUGAAGACCAUCAAAAGGAUCCCAAAAUUGAAGGCUGUUUUCGACUGCGUAGUACAUUCAGUCAAGAAUGUUGUAAACAUUGCAAUUGUUUACUUCCUUUUCAUGUUUAUAUUCGCUGUCAUCGGUGUUCAACUAUUGAAGGGACGCUUUAACUAUUGUACCGAUAUGUCCAAAGUCACUCAGGAUGAAUGCCAGGGUAAUUAUUUCGUGUAUGAAGGUGAUGAGAUUACGUCGGUAGAAGAACGGACGUGGGAGAGACGAGACUUUCACUACGACAACGUAAUUGCCUCUAUGCUAACGCUAUUUACAGUCUCGACAGGAGAGGGUUGGCCAGACAUUUUGAAAUAUUCAAUGGACGCCACAGCAGAGGGUCAAGGUCCAUCCCCUUACACGCGUACGCAGAUGGCAAUUUACUAUGUAGUUUACUUCAUUAUUUUCCCAUUCUUUUUCCUGAAUAUUUUCGUUGCCCUCAUUAUCAUCACAUUUCAGGAACAGGGAGAUGCCCAAUAUGAAGAUGGAGAUAUAGAUAAAAACCAGAAACAAUGUAUUGAAUUUUGCAUCACUGCAAAACCAGUUGAUAGGUUUAUGCCGAAGGAUCAGACAAAAUUUCAAUUUAAAGUCUGGAAAUUUGUGGUUUCGUCUCCCUUUGAGUACUUCAUCAUGGCUCUGAUUGCUAUCAACACAAUUACUCUUAUGAUGCCGUAUUAUGAUCAACCAGAAAAGUUGGAAGAAAUUCUCAAAUAUUUCAACAUUUUUUUUACCACUAUGUUUACUGUGGAAUGUAUUCUGAAAUUAGUAGCAUAUGGAGUGAGGAACUACUUCAGAGACGCAUGGAACAUAUUUGAUUUCAUCUGUGUUAUUGGUAGUAUUACCGAUAUCAUGGUAUCCGAAUUUGGGAAUGAAGGGUUCAUAAACUUGAGCGUGUUGAGGCUUUUUCGGGCAGCCCGAUUAAUCAAACUUUUACGGCAAGGCUCCUCCAUCCGUAUCCUACUUUGGACAUUUGUGCAGUCUUUCAAGGCAUUGCCGUGGGUAUGCCUCCUAAUUGGAAUGCUUUUCUUUAUCUAUGCAAUUAUUGGAAUGCAGAUGUUUGGAAACGUAAAACUAGAUGAUUCAACACAGAUUAAUAAUCAUAACAAUUUUCAGCUGUUUGUAUCUGCCCUUCUACUUCUGUUCAGGUGCGCCACUGGAGAGAGUUGGCAACUGAUUAUGUUAGACUGUAUAUCGGGAAGGGAUUGUGAGCCCAAGAAGGGGGAAGAGGAUGAGGAAGUGGACGACUCAUGUGGCUCCCCAUUUGCGUACAUAUACUUUGUUAGCUUUAUUUUCCUUUGUUCAUUUUUGAUGUUGAAUCUUUUUGUUGCUGUAAUUAUGGACAACUUUGAUUAUUUAACGAGAGAUGCAUCAAUUCUUGGUGCACAUCAUCUGGAUGAGUAUGUUCGAAUCUGGGGAGAUUUUGAACCUGCAGCAACGCUAGAUCUGGAGGUCGUCGUUGUUGAUCGUGAUCGUCACGAUAGAGAAUUACGAGAAGCUGUCAAAGUCUUCUGGCCGCGACUACCGGAGAAGAAGAUUGACCUCCUGGUUCCUCCUGACUGUGAACAUGUUGAAGAAGGAAGGUGUGAUGAGUGUAAACGAAAGAAAGAGCUGAUUGGUGAAAAGUUAACAGUAGGCAAGAUAUACGCUGCAUUGUUAAUCUACGAAACAUGGAAAGAGUACAAAACAAGAGCGAAAAGAGAUGGAACUGCUAGAUUGCUGCGUGAUCAAAAAAGAAAGGAAUACCUGGCGAAGGUGGAGCGUCGUAAGGCCCUGGAGCUUGAACAGCGGUCUCGCUUACAAGUGCCCGCAAAUAAUAAUGUCUUAACUCUAACUGAUCAACCGCAAAAUGGGGCGAUUCAGAUAAUCCAAGAUGCUAAGCAGCAAACGAAGAUGUUCAGUGCCAUCGCUAGUGUUGUUAAGAAAGAAAAAACAACGCAACCGAUGGACGCAGAUCAUAUUCAAGACAAGGAGUUAGAAAUGCAGAUAAAAAAUGCUGCGCCUGUACAUGCCCUACUUAACAUACAGGUGGAUGGAGCUCCAAGAAUGAGAGCUCCAUCACCUUUGCCAAUCAGACAAAGUAACAAUACGAGUAAUGGAAUCAAUAGAAGAGGAGGCAAAGACUCACCCAGUGGGUCAAGGGAUGGACUAGUCGAGGGUAUUGUAUUGGAAAGUUCAUUUGAUGAAGAUUUUAACGAUUAUGAUCAUGCCUGUAACUUUGAAGUUUAUGAUAAUGAGGGCUUUGAGAUGGUAGAUAUGAAGUAUAGAGAAAAUCCAAAUGAUGUAAAAAAAUCUUCAUCAGUAGAUCGCAGACAAACGUGGGACAAGCAUGCAGACUUUUACGCUUCCAACCACUCUCCUUCUAGAACUAGGUCUUCACAGGUUAUGGCAGAAAUAGAUUACCACCCAUUAGAUAGGGAUAAAGGUUUUGAACGUGCACCGCAUGAUCCUACCAGGGUGUACGGAGUAGGCAAGGGAAGGGGACGGUAUGGAUCUUACGACCAACUCGGUGGCCAUGAAAUGGAUUACCCAGACGUAGGAAAUCGAAAAGAUUAUACAAAUUAUCCAGAUAGAAAACCUGUUGUUCGAAACAACCUUAGUGACCCCUAUAUGCGCCCAUUUAGCGACACUUUUACACCAACUAAUAGAUCACGAAGAAACUCCCUUAAUGAUGAGGCUAGAAAUGAGCGUAGUUUUUAUGACGUAAGAGAUCCACUUGAUAAACAACAGUCAAGUGAUAGAAAUAACCUGGGAAGGGAUUUUAGAAGCUGUAGAUCAAAUGAUGACGAUAAGCUGCUUCAAACAGCAAGCAUGAGUAUACCUCAUCGUAGCUAUUAUGACAGUGGUAGAUCACCACAAGAUAGUUACCAAUCCUCCCCUCGAGAACACCGGACCUCCAAUAUCCCUGGGCUUAAGAGUGAAAAUAGAAAAGAUAGCUGGCCAUAUUCAAAUGAACGGUCUUACGAUAAUAGGCUGAUAGAGCCAAAAUCUGACACAAGACCAAGUGGUAAAAAUACUAAGCAGCUUGGUCUCGGAAUCGAUAUGCAAGAAUCUCGACAACGGCACUCCUUCUCCAAUCCACCAAACAGUGGACUGGAUUCUAACUUGAAUUUCCCACGUAAUGAGUACCGGGAACGAAAUGCAAGUCCAAGCAGUAGCCAAUUUGGUUUUGACACAAAAUCAAAAUCUCACACUAGUCUUCCAAGGGAUGGUGAGCAACCCAUUUGUACCAGCAAUCCCUUCAUAACAGAACCACAAAAUAGAUUUUGGGAAGGUCGCAGUCCAAGUAACAGUAUGUUAAAUAACAGACAAAAUCGUUCAACAACAAAUCAAAAUAAUUUAGACAAUAGCAGGCUUAUAGACCAUCAAAAUAAUAAUAACCAAAGAAGGGACCUGGCCCUGUCGUAUGAUAGGUCAUAUAAUAACAACAUAGAAAGGGUAACAGAUAGGAAUGGCAUUGACCCGAGAGCGUCGAGGGACAGUCGUAAGCCUCUGGAUCCGACUUAUCAGAAGCGAGACAAUUCAGAGACUAGAUUGGAGGACUCGUUCCACCGCAAAAGCAGAUUUGGUUCAACGAACUUGACACGUGAAGAGGCUGCAAUGAGACAAGAGAGGCUUACUUACGGGGAUGGUAUGUCCCCAUCACAGUCUCAUGUGUCUACAUCAGACCGAUCAGCUUCCCUUGGGCGAGUCAAAAGUCAGCUCAUAGCAGAUCGUGUUUUGAGUCAAGAACAAUAUCUGCCAACUUCACCAGAACUAUCCAGUUCACGUGGACGUCAAGAUUUUUCUAAUGACCCCAAGAAAGACUAUUUUAGCCAUGAAAAAAGAGCACCUUAUGAUAAUAGAGCUGAUAGUUCUUAUGAUGAAAAGGGUGCAAAAGGCAGACGAAGUUGUAGCCAGGAUCGCCUGGCCAGCAGUGGUAUGGAAGGAGCAGCACAACGUACUGGCACAGGUCGGAAGCUCCCUCAAGUACCUCAACAUGUAAAUAACAGUGGGUAUAUGUACCAUUCCAGUGAGAUGCUAAAACCUCAAUCAAACCCAUACCAUGCAUCAACUAAAACACUUGAUUCUGUACCGAUUAAUCCCGACCGGAGACCUUACGGUGUAGCAGAUGCGGGAAUAUCACCACAUCUUUGUAUCAGAGACGACACAGACCCUCUACUGCCUAAUGGUCAUAGACCAGGUGUUUCAUCUAGGGGACGUGGCCAUGGAAUGCAGACGCAAAGUCCGCACAAAACACCGCAAGGUGUAUCAAGGGGUCAUGGUAGGAUACACACAACAAAUGAAACCGUACAUAUAACUGGAUACUCAGACGACGAGGAGGAGUGGACAUAGUCAGGAAGCCCAAUGAACCUGCACGCCAUUUUCAAUAUUGUAAAUCCAAUUACUAGUCUUUAAAGUUGUAUAAAAAUGUUAAUUGCAUUUAUUGAUGCAUUUAUUGUAAAAACAAAAUGUAUGGUUAUACAAUCUAUUAAUGAAUAUAUAUGUUUAUGAAUAGUCACUCCUAUUGUACAUGUUUUUGGGUCCGGAAUGCUAGGUGAUCCUAGAUGUUACCAUAGCAAUGCUAUUAUGUAUUGCCAUUAUGUGCAUUGUUCAUUCCAAUGUUUUUUAUAUAUAUUCAUUCACAAAAAUACUAUAAAGAUCCAUUUAAAAUAAAAUAUUUAAAAAAUCUACAGUUUUGAUGUCGCUGAAGUGAGCAAGUAUUUAGUAUAAGUAAAAUAUUUCAUAAGCAAGGUUAUUAUUGCUAAUGAUUCUCAGUUUAAAACAACUGUACUUUUUUUAAAUAGAUAAAUAGCAAUGCAAUUGUAGAACCUAGUUACUAGAUUCUUGUUCCCAGAUUUUUUUUUGUUUUAAAAUAGUGUAGCAUUACUGUAGCCUACAAUUAAGGAUUGUAUUUUGUAUUUAACAUACAGGUAUUCAAUAAGAAUGCAAUUAGUGGUUUAAAACAAAUAUUACGGCCGGCAUUAGAAAAGUGUCUCUGAUGGACCAUUUUUCUAAUUUAAUAUUCAAUACAGACAAUUUACUGGAAGAGCCUACGCGCUUAGUAUUUUUGUCAAAUUUUUGUGGAAUAUAACUUGCCACUGUUAUAUACAGGCCAACAGUGCUCAUGGACAUGUGCAAUGCAGAUAUUACUAAUAUAAAUGGCCAAUAUACAGUGCCUAGUUUCACUUUAUUCAUGUAAUCUAUUUAAUUAAUUUAUUAAAUAUUCAUAUAUUAAUAUAUUAUAUAAAAUUAUAGACAUUUUAUUAAUUAAAUUCGCCAAAAUGAUUGAUAAGUAAAAUAUAUGUAUCUUAUAUUAUCCACCACAUAAUGUUACUCUGUAAAAUACACAAUUACCGAGGAAACAAAAGAGCACAGUCUAAAAAAAUAAACAGGGUUAAAUUAUUGUUAUAUAUAUUGCACAGUACCAGGUAUGUGGCUAAUGCUUUAUAAUGCCAACCCUGAUAAUACUAAUUUACAUAUAUUUGUUUCCAGGUGAAUGUUAAAACAUUCUUGCAUAUUAAGCCACUUAAAGCAUUCUAAUAUAUCCAAGUCUCUACUACCCUUGUAUAAUGAGGUAUUUAAACUAUCUUGAAUAUCCAGGUACUUAAAACUACCCUGUCCAUCCAGGUAUUUAAAAACUACCCUGUGUAUCUAGGUCUUUAAAGCUACCCUGUGUAUUUAAGUCUUUAAAUUGCAGCAAACUGUGUAUACCUGUACUGAUCUCUAAAAUAUCCUGUGUAUUCAGGGCUAUAGCAUACAGUAUGGUUGUAGGCAUCUUAACUACCCAGUGUUUCCAGGUGUCAAAAAUAUCAGUAUAUCCAGGUCAUUGACCUAUUACAGGGUCUGAGGUCAAUGUAGAUAUAUGAAGAUAUUAGCACAUAAUGCCUAUAUUAAUAUGGGACAACUUAUUUAGAAUUUAAAUUUUUUGAGCUAAAUCAGCUUUGUCGAAAAUACAUGAUACUAUACAUAAUAGUGUAGUUUAAUUAAACAAUCUGGCUGAAAUUGCCAAUUUGUACAGCAAGAGAGUGUGCAAAGUGAGUUAAGAAAACUGUGUGCAAUAAUUGUUACAAAUCUUAUAUAAACUUAGCAAAUAUUUAAUACAUUGCACACUCUUGCAUUUCUACUAUAUACUUUUAUGACAACUGUAUAUUAGGCUAUGUGCUUAAUAUUAUUGCUUUUAAUUUAUUAUAUUUACCAAACUAAGGUUUAAGGUAUGGAGAGGCUGUUUAAGUGUGUAAUAUCAGUUCCUAAUUCAUUUUAUGAGGAUUAAUAUGCCAAUUAUUAACACAUUUUGACACCUUCAAUAUUUAUAAGUACAGGUACCUCUUAACUAGUGUAAUAACCAAAAGCAAAAUGUUUUUGUUUCUAAAUGAAUGGGCAUGCACAACCAAUACACAGGCCUACCCUUUAAAGAUGAUUGUCCCUUGCAAAAUACCAAAAACUUUGUAAAAAUCAUUUUUGAAAUUAACUUUCCCAUUUUAAAGUAACAUGACAUUUUUGGCGAAAAAUAAUAUAAACACUUUCAGUCACUGGAAGUGUUUUAUUAUCUU